AUGCCCACUGAACUUGAAGAAUUAGUUGAGUUUUUGCAUUCGCCACAGCCUGCUGUUGUCCAAAUUGCUCUCGAUAACCUUGUUGGCUUCUCACAGGGUCCUCACCAGCAGGUUUUUGCUUACGCUGACUAUGAGGCCAUCAAAGAUUUGAAAAACUUGUCCCAAACAGAACAGAAAACUACCGUCACCCAAGCAGUGACUAUCUUGGCUAACUUGUGUGACGAUUUAACUAUGAGAAAACUUAUUGUCGAAGACGUUAAGUACCUCGAGUUCUUGGUAUCUGCAAUCAUCAGACCUACCAACACCAACGCCGACUUAAUGUGCAUUUUGUUAGCCAACUUGGCCAAAAACGACGCCAUCACCAAAAUUUUCGACAUCAGAGUCAAGCUAUCUGAUGAGCAGAAGAAAAUAUUUGCUCUGGACCAUGCCAUGGAUUGUCUUAUGGACUGUUUCGUUAAAGGUUCAGACAGAACUUUGAACAAAUUUGCCGACUUUGACUACUUGGCUUACUUCUUUGCUGAUAUCUCUCGUUUCGAGCUUGGUAGAACAUAUUUUGUCACAGAACAGGCAUAUGACGAAGUUGUUCCCAUCUCCAAGUUGCUUGUUUUCACUGAGAAGUACGACUCCAAAAUUAGAAGAGAAGGUGUGGCAUCCACCAUCAAGAACUCGUUGUUUGAUGUUGACAGACACUCCACAUUGGUUUCAGAUGACAAAAUCAACCUUUUGCCUUAUCUUCUUUUGCCUAUUGCUGGCCCUGAAGAAAUUGACGAGGACGAUAUGUUCAACUUACCUGAUGAGUUGCAAUUGCUUCCUCCAGAUAAGAAGAGAGACCCCGUGGAUUCUAUCAUUGGUACUCAUUUGGAGUCGCUUUUGUUGUUGUGUACAACUAGAGAAAUGAGAGAGCAUUUGCGUGAAAAGUCCGUCUACCCAUUGGUCCGUGAACUCCAUAAGAGUGCAGACUCUGAAGAAGUGACCGACUUGUGUGAUAGAUUGGUGCAGAUGUUGAUGAGAGAUGAGGCAUCAAAGGAUGACAUGGAUGUUGACGAGGAAGAGGAAGACGAUGACGAUGAUGACAAGAUUGUCGAGAUCAUGUAA